UGGUUCCGUCCCAUGACCGGAGCGAGGACCAUGUCUUCUCUUCAACAAAGGAUCUUGAAUAUGAUUCAUUGUUUCCGAAAAGAAUGGCGUUUAUUUUCAGACUCUGAAAGGACUACUGUGUGUGGUGCAGAUUGCAUGCUGAUGGCUUUGCAGCUAUCUGUGGCUGAGAUAAAUAAAAAGCACCAUGGAGAAUUCAAAGCAUCUCUUAGUGAAGUAGUUUUAUAUUGGAAUUACCUACUACCUGACAUGCUGGGCAUAUUGCAAAACAAUGUGGAAGCUCCUGAAAACUAUGCUGACAUCAGAAGCGCUUAUAUUAGCUUUUUAAAACACUGCAACAUGAUGGACCUUAUAGCUAUCUAUCAGAAAUGUGGAGCAUUGGCAUUGGAAAAUGAAUCUAUAUCCUCUGUACAGCUGUUAGACUUUAUUGCUGGAACAGUGGAUUUCACAGGUGAGAAUAAUUCCAGUUUUUCUACACCCUCUACGCCAACUAACAGAAUGAGCCAGGAUAAUGGAGAAUUGCCAUUGAUGAUGAAGAAAAUUCUACAUGCAUAUUUAAACUUAUUAGUUAACUCCAAGAAUGAUCUGGCCUUUGCUCACAUUUUAAAUAUUCCUGAGAGAGGGCUUGGAAGAGAAGCUUUUACUGACCUAAAACAUGCUGCAAAGAAGAAACAAAUGCCUAUAUUUCUGAUGGCAACCUCUUUUAUCCGAACCAUAGAACUUGGAGGCAAAGGUUAUGCCCCUGCUCCAGAUGAUCCUUUGAGAACUCAUAUGAAAGAAUUUUCACACAUUGUUCACUUUAUUGAUAAACUGGAAGAAAUUAUUGGCGAAGUCCUGGAUCCAAGACUUGCAGGGAGCCAAAUUCUAUCAACAAUCAAGAUGCAUUUGAUAAAAGGCCGAAACAGCAGGGAUCCCUUCUAUCGAGCAGCAGAGGAAGUUGUACAAGAUUUGGAUUUGAGGAUUAAAAAUAUUAUCAAUUUUCAGCAUGAGGCUGUGGCAGCCAGCACUGUUGGAAUCAGUCCAGCCCGGCCCAAACUACAUUGUAUAAACCAUGGCACUCGUUACUGCGGCCGAGAUACUGUGAAGGCAUUAUUGGCACUUUUGGAUGAAGCAGCUACUCAUCCUCCUUCCAAGAACAAAGCUCAACUGUUGUUUGGCGAAGAAUUUGGCUUCUCUUCUACCAUGCUGCUGUUUAGAUCUCCAGCACAAUCCAGUGGAUCUUCUCCAAAACCUUUGAGACAGCGAAUUCGAACAGCAGCAUGUGAAAAAGAACUUAAGUUGAAGCAACCUUUAAUUAGGUCUCAGUUUGCUUGCACCUAUAAAGAUGACCAAAUGACUGAGGCAAAGGUUCAGCAUUUCAGCGGAAUACAUGUCCCAACAUGUACGCAACCAGUACCAAAGGCAGCUAUGCAUCCCAAAGACAAAACAACUGCAGAAUGCCUACAGUCACAUCUUGAAAGUGCUACACUUAGAACUACUUCUGGAAAUGUUCAUCAGAAUGGAAGUAAAAGUAAAGAAAUAGGAAAAUUAAGCUGCCAGCCAAGAAACAAGAGCUCAAAGAGGAAGCAGGUGGACAGGACGAGUGAAAAUGUCAUAUGCACUAAUGAAAAUGAAUCACUUCAACACACACACAGUAAGAGACCAAAGACUGCAAUGGAAUGCCAGAAUAGUUUAGAGAGCAAAAUAAAGGGAGCCAGAAAAUGCAACAAGGCUAUAGCCAAAAAUAAACUGAUUGCUGGUCAAGCAAAGCUAACUCAAUUCUUUAGAUUAUGAAUGUUCCUCUUGGAAUACUUAUGCAAACAUCAGUGUCUUUGUACAUAUUGAAAGAAUAAUGUAUCAGCUACAUUAAGAGCUCUUUUGUGAUCAUGAAUAUUAAUGCAAAAUUGAUAUGUAUUUGGACAAACAAACUUUGCAGAAUUCUCAGUUUUAAUAAUGCACUGAAAUCUUUACAUUUUUUUGAUC